UUUUUUUUUUUGGUAAUUUUUAGGUGGGAAGACUUCAACAAUUGACUUUGGUCGCUUUUUAGGAAAAAAAUAUAUAUUUAUUACAUUUUUUUUGUCGGUUCUCUACCUUUGCUCUUUUCUUUUUAUACAUAUACAACAAAAUACUGAAGUCAAUAUAUAAUAAUAAAAGUAAGUUAAAGAACUCCUAGUUUAGUUAGUUAUGCCUAUAAGACUCCCAAUUGCAAAACAUACCUUAAAAAGAGAGAAAAAUCAUCGAAGACAUCAAUACCAAGAUCCGAAAGACAAGGUCUAUCCCAUUUUGCUUUAAAAGAGGUAAAACAAACUCUUUUGUGCUACCAAAGGCUCUCCUUCUCUCUCUAGAUCUCUCUCUAUCUCUCUCUCCUAGCAUUGGCAGGUACCAAAUGAAAUUCAAUAUUUCAGCAUUAUUCUUGAUUUCACUGUUUAAUUUACUCGUACUGGUACUGGAAGCUACCUCUUCCUCAAAGUACGAAGAUAAGCUAUGGAACUACCAAUCAAUCCAACAACAAAACCCACCUUUCAACUUCCAUCGAAAUUUGUUGUCAAUCGGUGCAGCUUCAAACAUCACAAGAAUUGGGCGAGUGUUUUACCCAAUUGGGUAUGGAGCAGAUCCAACUGGGGUUGAAGAUAGUACCGAGGCGAUAAUGAAGGCAGUGGAGGAUGCAUUUCAUGUUCAUAAUAAUGGCCUUGAAUUGUUGCCUGGAAUCAAUGACUUGGGAGGUGUGGUUAUUGAUUUUCAAGGUGGAAACUACAAGAUAAGCCAACCCAUAAGGUUACCUUCAGGUGGAGGCAAUGUUGUGGUGAAAGGAGGAACUCUUCGAGCAUCACACACAUUUCCAGGAAAUCGUUACCUGAUAGAGCUAUGGUCUCCAUCUUCAGUCCCUAUCGAUACAGACUCACCCCAUGACUUUAGUGGUGAUAGUGUUGGAAUUUUCUACGAGGAUAUAACUUUUCGUGACAUACUCUUCGAUUCAAGCUAUAGAGGAGGAGGAAUCUUCAUAAUCGACUCUGUUAGAAUCCGUAUAAACAACUGUUUCUUUCUUCAUUUCUCAACAAAAGGAAUUCUAGUCCAAAAGGGUCACGAAACCUUUAUAUCAAAUUGCUUUUUGGGACAGUACUCAACCAUUGGUGGUGACAAGGGAGAAAAGUACUUCACAGGAGUUGGCAUUGAUAUAGAAAGUAAUGACAAUGCCAUAACUGAUGUGGCAAUUUUUUCAGCUGAGGUUGGUAUCAUUUUAAGGGGCCAAGCCAAUAUGGUGACUGGUGUCCAUUGCUAUAACAAGGCUACUGGUUUUGGUGGGAUAGGAAUAUUGGUCAAGGUGGCUUGGAUUUCGCAGACUAGGAUUGAUAAUUGUUACAUGGAUUAUACAUCUAUUGUGAUUGAAGACCCAGUUCAAGUCCAUGUCACAAAUGGGUUUUUUCUAGGUGAUGGAAAUAUUGUUCUGAAAGCUGUUAAGGGACAUAUUCAUGGGGUGAACAUUGUGAACAACAUGUUCAAUGGGAACCCUCAAUAUCACACUCCUAUUGUGAGAGUGGAUGGGAGUUUUUGGAGCAUUGAACAAGUAGUGAUUGAACGAAACAAUGCUGUUGGGAUGGACUUGAAAUCUACAGUUGGGACAGCUGUUAUCAAAGGAAAUGGAACUAUGUGGGUCGCUGAUUUUUCACCAAUUUUAUUGUUCCCUGAUCGAAUUAGACACAUUCAGUACUCGCUUUUCGUUGAUGGGCUUCCCAAGUUUACUUCCCAUGCUAUCACCAAUGUCUCUAAUAAUGUAGUGCUUGUUGAGACGGACAAAAUUGUAAGUGGGAAGGUUUUUAUGACCGUUCAACAAUAAAAUCAAAUUCUAUAUUUAAUUUUGCUGUCACUAAUUUUCCAUAUAAUAUUUGUAACGAAUAUAUUAAAAUAUAUUAUAUUUGUUUAAUAGUGGCCUAUUCUUUGUUCAUAAUGAGUGUACACAUAGCUUUAUUUGUAAGAGAAUUUCUUUUUGUAAUGAUUUUGACUUUAUAUGAGUACUAGGCAAUUAAAGUGUGCUUCGCGUGAUAUUA